AUGAAAUAUAUUGACCAAAAAUAAAAUAAAAUAAGGCUUUUAAGUUUUAAAACGUGCAUUGACUAGGCCAAAUAGCUUCGGUUCUGAUUUAUCCGAGUCCUGUUUCCUCUGUGUCUCUUUGCAGUUUUCCAUCAUAUUCAUGCCUGAUACCAUCAAAACUGACGUAUCUCAUAACGUGUUGAACUCUAUUUGCCGCCACACGAUUGGAAGUUUCCUGAUGAACCUCGCUAAAUUUGCGGUUGAGUCCGCCAUCAACGUCUCCCACAAAGGCUUCACUGGUGGGAAGAAACUGUACGGGACUUUUUUGCGGGAAAAGUUUGAAGAUCAGCCAACCAGAUUGAAGCUGGAAGAUGUCAAGCUGAUUGAGCAGGAGAGGCAAUUGGCAAAGAUGGAAGACAUGAACGAGGUUAAGCAACAAAGCAAGACAGUAGCAGGCAAAGCUGAUAGAGGAUCAGAGCCUAAGAAGAAGAAGAAGAUACCUCAAGGGAUAAAGGAAAUGGAGCUUCAGGAUCCUAACAGGAAAAGAAUUUUCAUUCGUUCUCGUCUGUAAACUACUAGGAAAUUGUGCUGUUUCAUCUCAUGCUUUUUCUGAAACAGAGACAAUAUCUUUUAAUUCUGUUGAAAUUUUCCCUUUUUUUUUUGUGAUUAAUUGCAAAUUCCAAUCCCUCUCCCCUUUGGUAAAAUUUACUGGAAAUAUGUGAUUUUUUAGCUGAAAUUUCACUGUUUCUUCAAGCUAAAGUCCAGUGCUGUGGAAUUUCUCCAGGAUGUAGAACUAGUGAGUCUAGCUAGUUCUUGGAAACUGCAAUUUUUUAAAAAAAACUUAGUGAAUUUUAGCAGACUAUAUAUUUCAAGCAAAUCUGCAAUAAAAAUUUAUGUCACACAAUAUUUGGUAUUUGACU